GCUGUCCCCGCGGCCCCGCUGCGGCCCGGGCGGGACAUGGCCCCGCGCUGCCGCCCCGCCGCCGCCGCCAUGCCCAGGAGGGGCGCCCGAAAACGCCUCAAGUUCCGGGCUGACGAUGUCUGCUCCGAGCGCGUGACAGUAGCAGAUUAUGCCAACUCAGACCCAGCUGUCGUGAAAUCUGGACGGGUGAAAAAAGCUGUGGCAAAUGCAGUUCAGCAGGAAGUAAAAUCCCUCUGUGGGCUGGAAGCUUCUUGUGUUCCUGCUGAGGAAGUUCUCUCUGUGUCAGGAGAAUCUUGUGAGAGCAGUGAUGAGAUGGACACAAAGGAGGGCAUCAGUGGGCGAGCUGCCUCUAGGAAAAAGAAGAGCAAAAGGCACAAAGAAAACCUUGAGGGAGGUGGAGGAGAAGAAUACCCCAUUGAUAUCUGGCUGCUCUUGGCUUCCUACAUCCGCCCCGAGGACAUUGUCCGGUUCUCUUUGAUUUGCAAGAAAGCCUGGACUGUUACUUGCACUGCUGCCUUCUGGACCAGGCUCUACAGAAGACACUACAGCCUGGAUGCCUGCCUGCCCCUGCGCCUGCGCCCCGAGUCCAUGGAGAAGCUGCACUGCCUGCGGGCCUGCGUCAUCCGCUCCCUCUACCACAUGUAUGAGCCCUUUGCAUCCCGAGUCUCCAGGAACCCAGCUAUUCCAGACAGUACUCCUAGCACUUUAAAAAAUUCCAGAUGUCUGCUUUUCUGGUGCAAAAAGAUUGAAGGGAACAGACAAGAAGCAAUGUGGGAAUUCAACUUCAAGUUCAAAAAGCAGUCUCCCAGAUUCAAGAGCAAAUGUUGCAAAGGUCUUCAGCCACCCAUUCAGUAUGAAGAAGUCCAUACCAAUCCGGAUCAGGAUUGCUGUCUGCUGCAGAUCACCACCUUCAACUUCAUCUUCGUACCAAUUGUCAUGGGAAUGACAUUUACCUUGUUCACCAUCAAUGUCAGCACAGACAUGAGGCACCACCGCGUGCGCUUGGUCUUCCAGGACGCCCCCGUCUGCAACGGGAAGAAACCUCGGCUGGAGCAGGGGGUGCAGGUGGUGCUGGACCCCGUGCACAGCGUGAGGCUCCUGGAUUGGUGGCACCCACAGUACCCCUUCUCUCCAAAAGCUUAGUGCCCUCCCGAUGAGUCCGCAGCAGCCGGCGGGGGGACGGAAUCUGUCGGGCUGAAGAGAAUCUCUAGGAACCAGGAAAUCUUGAUUUUUAUUUCUGAAAUAAAUUCUGCGAUCUCCUUGCGAGUGGCUGAAGCUGCUGAGGUAGUUGUAUGUAUAUAACUUCUGGUCAGUGAUGGGCAGAGCUGAGUGUAAAGCAGAAACUAUUUGUAAACACACUUUUAUGUAAAAUCCAUGUUUUAUGAUUUGAAAGGAGCUCCCUGGAACUGUUCAUUUAAAAUCCUUUUGGUGCUAA